AUGGGGGUUCAGAACGCCAUCAUCGUUAUGGACAAUGCCAGGUACCACAAGUCCUUGCCAGCAUCCACCCCGCGACAGUCGCAGAAGAAGGAUGAUCUGGUCGCUGCCUGCCGUCAGUUGGGCCUGGACGUGGGUGGUAGCCAGACCAAGCAGGCCAUUUGGGCGCAGGUCGAGCCUUGGAUCCGAGCCAACAUCCUGCCCGUGACUGUGUCCAAGGCUGUCGCAGCGGGGCAUGAGGUGCUCUUUUCUCCACCUCACUACUCAGACCUUCAGCCGAUCGAGCUGAUCUGGGCUCAAGUGAAAGGCCGGGUAGGCCGGACGUACCACACAAAGCGAACCUUUUCACAGGUCAAGGAGGCGUUACAAGCGUCAUUUCGGGACCUGAGCAAUGACGACGUGGCUGCCUGCAUUGACCACUCUUGGAAAAAAGUCGAGGAGCUCAACCACAUGCUCCAGCGCAUGGCUGACGCCGAGGGUGCCGAAAGUGACAGUGACAGCGACGACGUGUCGGACAGCGAGGCCGAGGAGGGGUUUCCACCUGGCCACGCGACGGAACAGUCUGACGGCACCCAAGUGUCCGACGACGCGUCUGCAAGCGACGUAGGGGACGAGUAA